AUGGAUCCUCGUUCUAGUGCCCAGGACGUGCACCGAUGUGCCCUUUGUGAGACCGCUAUAGCGCAAAGUUACUGUGACUUUUGUCAUGUCAAUCUUUGCAAGCCCUGUAUAGGUGAACACAUCUUGGAUGGAUAUGACAAACAUAAAGUAGUUCCUUUCCAGCAACGAAAAUCAACCUUGAUUUAUCCAAAAUGUAAAACACACACAUUCAAACAUUGCAAAUUCAAAUGCAAAAAUUGUGAAAACUUUUUAGUGUGUUCUUCCUGCGUGGCAUCAGAACAGCAUGGGGGACAUAGGUUUGAAAAACUUUCAGAUAUUUAUAAGACAAAGAAAGAAACUAUUGAUAAUGAUUCAAAGGAGUUAGUAAAUUGUAUUUCUCCUUCAUAUGAAGAAAUAUCCCUUGACUUGGAAAACCAGCUUGCCAACCUGGAUGGAGGAUAUGAGAGAAUAAGAACAGAAAUAUCCAAACAAGGAGACCAAUGGCACAAAGAAAUAAACUGCAUAAUCAACAGAAUGAAAACUGAAAUCAAUGAGAUAAAAAUGAAACACAGAGAUGAUUUACAAAAACAGCUAGAUGAAAUCAGAAAGACGCAGUCUCUCAUAAAACAAACAUUUCAGGCUUUGGGUGAUAUUCAGGAAUCCACUGAGGUAAUCAAAACCAUUGAAUACAGAUCCCAGGUCAGAGAUUUCAGCAAGCUUCCUCACAUGGUGCAGGUAUCAUUGCCAACAUUCAUUCCUAAACCAAUAGAUCAUGAAAAGAUGUAUAGCUUAUUUGGUCAUUUUACACUAUUUUCUACCGAUACUAAAGAGAAUACCUCGUCACUAAACUUACAAAAUACUUCAGUCAGAGAAAUAUUGAAUGAACCGGAGCUCGUUGUCACGUUAAAAACUGAAAGCUAUAAUAAUUAUCCACGCAAUGUUACCUGUCUUAGAGAUGACAAGAUAUGGGCGAAUGAUGAGACUGAUAAUAUCCAUUGUUACACCAUUAACGGCACAAUCCUCCAGACAAUCAAAACUAAAUCAGGAACAUUGGCAUAUGAUAUUGCUGUAGACAGUAGUGGGAAUUUACUGUUCUUAGACGGGACAAACACAGUAUAUAUAGUAAAGAAUGGACAGACAGAAGAAUUGAUCAUAUUUCAGGGAUGGUUGCCUAGUAAGAUGUGUGUCACCUCUACUGGCGACCUCUUGGUUACCAUGUACAGUUACUGUAUUGAUAUGACUCAAUCCAAAGUUGUCCGUUACUCAGGAUCUACUGAAAAACAAGCCAUUCAAUUUGAUGAUGAAGAUAAACCUCUGUACUCGGGGAACAGUAAAAUUAAAUACAUAACUGAGAACAGAAACCAUGACAUCUGUGUAUCUGAUUGGGCGGCUGGUGCAGUAGUGGUGGUUAAUCAGAGCGGGAAAUCCAGAUGGAGAUACAAGCACCAUCCCUCAGUUAUCAAGAACAAACCAUUUAAACCUUUUGGUAUUACAACAGACAGUCAGAGUCAUAUCCUGACAGCAGACAGAGACAACCAUUGUAUCCACAUUCUGGAUCAGAAUGGACAGUUUCUCCGUUACAUUGAUAACUGUGAUCUGAAGGAUCCUUACGGUGUAUGUGUGGACAAUGAUGACCAUUUGUUAGUGUGCGAAUAUAAUAGAAAUGGCAAUAUUAAGAAAAUGAAAUAUUUGAAAUAGAAACCAAAUAACAGGACAUUGAUGUAGCGCUUUACAAAAGAACUUACGACUGAUGGCCAGAUUUAAAAAUUAAUGUUCAUUAUUCACAAGUUAUCAAAUGGUUUUGCUAAUUACGAGUAAGAUUUACUUACAAGAGUUGGAAUUAUUUGAUACAGUUUAGCUCGAAUUAAGUUUUAGACGGUGGCUAUAAAUAGCCAUGGUCUAUUGCUACCGUCCCGACCGAAAGAGUAUUUCUCACGGGGACCCUAGCGGAUAAGGAACGAUGACUCUGUUAGGUAUGCAGUGUUACAGACAAUGUUUUUUCUAUGUGUCGAUUUCAGUAUGAGAACUAAUUUUAAUCUUAUCAGAUAUUUUAGGCAUUAUAGCUGCUAAUUAUUUUGUACAUAUAUUUAAAUAAUUUAUGAAAUUGUGUUUAUUUUAAAUGAGCCGUUACCCUGUCUGCUUACGCGGUAUCAAAAAUUUAUGCACUAACUGCCAGUUGUGACGUUACACUCUGUAUCAGGGCUGCAUAAACUAUAUCACUGUGAUAAUUUGUUAAGAGAUCUCACAAUAAUCGCUUCUUGUUUUUUGAUGAUGUAAAAAAAUGUCAGAAACACACUAUUUAAACAGGUUUGCCAUUUCAUAUUUCAUUUUUCAACGCAUUAAUUUUAGUGGAGGCAGAAUAUUUAUUUUGUUGUAGCGUAUUCCAAAGAAUUCAAAACAGAUACUGACAAUGAAUAUUACAUAAAUUACAUUUUAUUGAACUUCAACCGAUCAAUGGCACACUUUCUUCUACAAGUCUGCAUGUGUUUUUAAACAUACAAUGUUCAAACAACUUGAAAUUUACGAUACAAAUGUAUUUAAUUUUGGACUUACCUUAUUUGGAUUUACCUUGUUUUGUAACCCACUAAGUCUGUAGGAACAUUAAUUUUAUUACAGGAACCUCAAUAUUCAUCAGACAAUAUUUACUACUGAAUUUGACGCUUUACUUGCUGCUGACUUUUUUUUCAAACACGCUAAUCGAUCGAGCUCGGAUUAUAAAAUUCACGUGCAAAUCGAGUAGCCAUGUUACAAUUUGCUACAUUAAAAGUUUAAAAUUUAUCAAUUUAAACUUAACUAUAACAGUCAUUUAAGGUUUUUAUUACUUAUUUUUAAAUUAAGGAUAUUUUUGAAAUAGUUUUUAAUACCUUAAUCCAAUUAAUUAGAUAGUUUUUAAAUUUCUUUCAUUACUUUAAUGUUAAAAUGUUAUCCGCUAAAAAUUGUCCGCCUUUAUUAAAUAACUCUGUAAUAUUUAAAUCUACACUUUAAAUUAUGCUUAUUAUGUAUUAAUUUCUGCUCUAAAACUAAUUCCUUAAAGAUUUAACUUUUCGUCCAUUUAAACUUUACCGCGCCUUGCCAGAUAGAACUCUUCUGCGCGAGGAGAUAAAAAAGUUAUCGUAAACAAAAACGAAAAUAGAAACUUUUUCCGCUAAAUUUACAAAACAAGUUUAAGUCUUUAUUUUAUUACAUUUUUCGAUAUUUUAUUAUUAAUCAACAAUGUUCAUUAGGAAUCAUGUUUUAGGUAAGCGCUAUGCUCGAUAUUGUUUUGAUUUCUUUUUAUGUCUAUUGUUUAUCUGUUUUAAUUGUGUUUCGGAACUUUUGUUAUCUCUUUGAUUUUAUAACAUGCUUUUAUAAUUUGUGUAUAUCAUUCAUUUUCU